CUCACCUUCGUCACCAGACAACCUCGUCAAUCGAGAAGAAGUGCAAGCACACAGAACAAGGCUGCUUGCCGAGGUACUCAUACAUCUCAACCAUGGCGCCACCUGGCAUUCCCGAUGAGGCGCUUCACAAGGUCCUUCAACAAAUCCAAGCGCAGGUGAUCAACUCGUCGCGACAGCUGAAUAUGGUCCGAGCGCAGAUGCAAGGGUGCGAGACCGCGCGCAAGCGGUGCGAGUUUACGAUCAAGCAGCUCGAUGACGAGGGUGAUGUACCCAUGUAUCAGGGCGUUGGAAAGAUGUUCAUUCGGGAGGAUAAGAGCAAGAUCAGAGCAGAGAUUGAGAAACGGAUGAAGGACGUCGUGGAGGAGAUUGCCAAUCUGGCAAAGAAGCAAAAGUUUCUCGAGAAGCAAGCAGGUGACGCUCAGGCGCACAUGCGCGACAUCUUCCAAGGGCUCGAGAAGCAGCAGCAGCAAGUGCAGGCUUCUUGAUGUGCUGCUACCUCCGUCCUUGCUUCGAAAUUCUGUACACUACCAUCACCAGUCUCCCAGUUCAAUCUACUGCCCUCUUGGGCAUAAGCGGGGCUUUCUACCCCGUCGUUGUCUCGCAGAUGUCAUCGCUAGAAGACUUCGCGAAGGCUACGAGGCCAUCGUCGUAGGUCCUCUAUCAUCAAAGGAGUGAGGCAGACUUACAUAAGCCUACACGUGACCAAUGCACCAAUUCGCAACAAAUAAAAUCUGCGCACCUUGGCCUGUUCUUCUUCUUCUUUAGGAUCCACUCCGCCAAUGCCACACCCACUCGCGCCAUCUUAUGAUCGGCGAGUUUAUUUAGGGUGCCAAAACUCCCCUCGGUCUUACGAGGGGAAGGCGGAGGAGAACGAUGUGAUAUCUUGGCAGCCAUAUAGGA